AUGGACGAGCAACAGUUUGUUCAGCUGCUCCAGAGCCUGCUGCAGCCUGACACCGAUGUUGUCAAGAAUGCCACGGCUGCUCUGAACAAGAACUACUACAACUCGCCUGCCUCUCUCAAUGCCCUGCUCCAGGUCCUCUGCGGGCACCCCGACAAAGGCUUGAAGCAGCUUGCCGCCGUCGAGGCCAGGAAGCUUGUUGUCAAGCACUGGGCUGCGCUGCCCGAUGACCAGAAGGCCUCCCUCCGCAACCAGCUGCUGCAGUUCACACUCAACGAGGAGGUCCAGCUGACCAGGCACUCUGCUGCUCGUGUCGUCGCUGCGAUCGCUGCCCAGGAUUUCGAGGAUGGACAGUGGGCUGACCUGCCUGGCCACCUGCACCAGGCCGCCACCAGCGGUACCGCACGCCACAGGGAGGUCGGAACUUUCAUCAUCUGGACAACACUCGAGCAGACCGGCGACGCUUUCCCCGGCAAGUCGUCUGACCUCUACAGCCUGUUCAGCAAGACCAUCCAGGACCCAGAGAGCGCCGAUGUCAGAAUCAACACCAUGAUCGGCUUGAGCCGCAUGGCUAUGCUUCUUGAGCCUGACGAGGACGCCAAGUCUCUCACUGCGUUCCAGCAGGCCAUCCCCGCCAUGGUUGCUGUCCUGAAGCAGACCGUCGAUGAGGGCGACGAGGAACACGCCAUGCAGGCCUUCGAGGUCUUCCAGACUCUGCUCGGCUGCGAGUCUGCUCUGCUCCAGAAGCACUUUGGCGAUCUCGUCAGGUUCAUGCUCGAGCUCUCCGCCUCCACUGAGGUUGAGGACGACUACCGUUCCCAGUCGCUUGCGUUCCUUAUGCAGUGCGUCCGCUACAGGAAGCUCAAGGUUCAGGCUCUCAAGAUUGGCGAGGAGCUCACACUGAAGGCUCUGCACAUCGUCACCGAGCUUGGUGACCUUUCCAGCGAGGACGAGGAUGUCACACCCGCUCGCUCCGCCCUGGGACUGCUCGACAUCCUUGCCUCCAGCCUGCCUCCCAGCCAGGUCGUCAUCCCUCUCCUCAAGAACCUUGGCAACUACUUCUCCUCUCAGAACCCCGACUACCGCCAGGCCGGAAUCCUCGCGCUCGGUAUGUGCGUUGAGGGCGCCCCUGACUUCAUCGCUACUCAGCUUCACGAGAUCUUGCCUAUGGUCUACCACCUCCUCGAAGACCCCGAGCUCAAGGUCCGCGCUGCUGCGCUCAACGGUAUUGCCCGCUUGGCCGAUGACUUGGCUGAGGAUGUUGGCAAGGAGCAUGCCAAGCUCAUUCCUGCUAUGAUCAAGAACUUCGAUCUUGCCGUCCAGAAUGCACCCAGCGCUGAUGACGAGCGCACUCUCUCCAUCGUCCGUGGAACCUGCCACGCCGUUGACUCUCUCAUUGAGGGCCUCGACCCCGAAGAUGCGGGCAAGUACGUUCCUGAGCUGGUUCCCCGCUUCAGCAAGCUCUUCCACCACGAGGAUCUGAAGGCUAAGAGCGCCGCCAUUGGUGCUGUUGGCUCUAUUGCUUCUGCCGCUGAGAAGGCUUUCUUGCCUUUCUUCCAACAGACCAUGAACGAGCUGUCUCCCUACGUCAGGAUCAAGGACAGCCAGGAUGAGUUGGACCUCCGUGGUGUCACAUGCGACUCCAUGGGCAAGAUGGCCUCGGCUGUUGGCCCUGAGCCUUUCGAGCCCUACGUUCUGCCUCUGAUGGAGGCAUCUGAGGAGGCUCUGCACCUCGACCACCCUCGUCUGCGCGAGACCAGCUACAUCCUCUGGAGCACCAUGGCCAAGGUGUACGAGGAGGGCUUUGCCAAGUACCUCCCCGGUGCUAUCAAGGGCCUCAACGAGUGCCUUGAUCAGGACGAGACAGGCACUGACGUUGAGCUUGGUGAGCACGCCAGCGAGCUUGUUGGCCAGGAGGUCAUCAUCGAGGGCCAGAAGGUCAAGGUCAUGUCUGCUGGCGAAGAUGAUGAUGACGACUUCGAGGACCUGAACGACGCCAUGGUCGAUGACGACGACUGGGAUGAUCUCGAGGGUGUCACUGCUGUUGCCAUGGAGAAGGAGAUCGCCGCUGAGGUCUUUGGCGACAUCAUCACCCACACCCGUCGCGAGUACAUCCCCUACCUCGAGCAGACCGUCACCAAGCUUCUGGAGCUGGUCGACCACUCCUACGAGGGCAUCCGCAAGGCUGCGCUUGGCACACUCUGGCGCACUUUUGCCUGCCUCUUCGGCAUGGCCGAGGGCGACGGUAUGGCCAAGUGGUCGCCUGGCCUUCCUCUCAAGGUCGAGCCCCCUGCGGAGCUGAAGAAGCUCGGCAACCUUGUCAUGACCGCCACCAUGGCCACCUGGCAGGAUGAGAUGGACCGGGGCACUGUCACUGACAUCAACCGCGAUGUCGCUGCCACUCUCAAGCUCUGCGGUCCUGCCGUCUUGAUGACCGAGAACGGCACUGUGGUUCCCGACAUGUGCCAGCAGCUGCUAGCUGUCAUCACCAAGCGCCACCCCUGCCAGCAGGACCUUGGUGACGAGGGCGAGGAGAUCGACCUCGAUGAGUCCUCCGAGUACGACUGGUUGGUCAUUGAGACCGCCAUGGAGGUUGUUACUUGCCUUGCUGUUGCCCUUGGUGGCCAGUUCGCCGAGCUCUGGAAGAUGUUCGAGAAGCCAAUCAUGAAGUACGCCAGCAGCCAGGAGUCCACCGAGCGCAGCGCCGCUGUCGGUACCAUCGCUGAGUGCGUUGGCAACAUGGGCGAGGGCUGCACUCAGUACUCCACUGGUCUGCUCAAGCUCCUGCUCCACCGUCUGUCGGACGAGGACCCGGAGACCAAGUCCAACGCUGUCUACGGUAUGGGACUUUUGUGCGAGAAGACCACCAACGACGACGAGAUCGUCAAGAACCUUCCCACCAUCUUCUCCAAGAUUGAACCCCUUCUCGACGCUCAGGACCAGGCACGUCUUCUGGACAACACAGCCGGAUGUGUCAGCCGAUUCAUCUCCAAGCACACGGACAGGCUCCCCGUCUCUGAGGUGCUACCUCGCCUCGUCCAGCUCCUGCCUCUUCGCGAGGAUUACGAGGAGAACAAGCCUGUCUUCGGCAUGAUUGUGAAGCUGUACCAGAGGAACGACCCCACCGUACAGCAGCUCACCCCCACUUUGAUGCCCAUCUUCGAGCAGGCGUUGAGCUCCGAGGAUCAAUUGGAGGACGAGACACGCGCGCAGCUUACCGAGCUUGUCCAGUACCUGCGCAAGUAG